CGCGCGGAUAAGGCUCUUUAAUCCUUCCCCCCCCUCACCUCCGACUCCGAGUAUCCGUAAGCGCAACCAUGGCUACGAGCUCUCACCUUCUUCCUCAGGCAUUGCAUGUGAUCCCGAGAAACCCUAUGCCAUCGUCUAGGAAUCUUGGGUUUUCUUCGUUUCUUUCACGGGGACCUACAACGAAUCAUCGGAUGUCGGUUUCUAGGGGUUCUGGCUCGAAUUUUGGCUUCUCAGUUGAUUCUAGGGCGAAAAGGGAGUUUAUCGUGAGAGCAGAAGAGAAUCCUGAAGGUGAAGCUGAAGCAUCUAUGGAUGUUAUUGCGGAGUCGGAAACUCCGGAAGGUGAGGUAGAAGGAAACGUUGAAGUGGAAGGGGAAGCGGCUGAGGCGGUGGCGGAGGAAGAGAAACCUCCGAGGAAGCCAAGGGUCAAGCUCGGAGAUAUAAUGGGAAUACUUAACAAGAGAGCUAUCGAGGCGUCAGAGUUGGAAAGACCGGUACCAGACCUCAGGACAGGCGAUAUCGUAGAAAUUAAAUUGGAAGUUCCUGAGAACAGACGCAGGCUGUCCAUCUACAAAGGUAUAGUGAUAUCGAAGCAAAAUGCUGGCAUUCACACCACCAUUCGUAUCCGGAGGAUGAUUGCAGGCGUUGGUGUUGAAAUCGUGUUUCCCAUAUACUCGCCAAACAUCAAGGAGUUAAAAGUUGUGAGUCACAGGAAAGUGAGGAGAGCAAGGCUUUACUAUCUGAGGGACAAGCUUCCUCGGCUCUCCACUUUCAAGUGAGCAGCUGCCACUGUGGUGUGCUCCACAUCCGGUAAUCCUGCCUUCUGUAAGAAUUUGCUUGUUUUCUUUUGUUUUGUUCUUGGACAUUCUUCUCAUGUAAUUUUCAUAGAAUCCGUAAUUUGAGAAAGCGUAUCAAGAUUAGUCAUC